GAUUAGAGCGGGUCAACCCGUUCACUAUAUAAACCCUAGAAAUUUUCUCGACGUCGCCGGUGAGUUUCGAGACCUAGCACCGUCGUGGAUUAAAACGAUUCAACAAACAAAUCAUGCUUCACGGUGAGAAUUGUGUUCACGAGACGUAUUACGAGAUUCUCUCCGUGAAAGAAGAUGCGAGCUACGAGGAGAUCCGUAAUAGCUACCGUUCUGCGAUUCUUCACUCUCAUCCAGAUAAGCUUCUCAACAGUUCUCGUCGUAGCUCAGACGACGAGAAGUUUCUGAAGAUUCAAAAGGCUUGGGAAGUUUUAAGUGACGCGGAGCUGCGUGUAGUUUACGAUAACGAUCUUAGAUCUUCGAGACAUGAUGGGAUCACUGCUGAUGAGAUUAGUAUUGAGGAUAUGUCAGUUGAGAUUAGUGGAGAAGAAGAAGAAGGAGGUGAAGUUAUUGAGGUUUUUUAUCAGUGUAGGUGUGGUGAUUACUUUUGUGUUGAUUCUAGUGAGUUGGGAACAAUGGGGUUUGGGUUGGUGAGAGAUGGUGGUUUUGUUAGAGUUAAGAGAUUGGGUGCUUUUGUGGCGUCUGUUGUUCUUCCUUGUGGUUCUUGUUCUUUGAAAACACGGGUUUGGGUUGAUUCUGAUAUGAAGAUUUCUCUUCAAGAUGAUGAUCAAUUGUGAGCAAUGUGGUGAAAUCUGGGUUGGUUCAGAGUUGAGGAAUCUCUAUUCAUGGUGAUUUCUUUAGACUGAAGUGAUCGUCAUGAUCAGGUUCGGACAGGAGGAGUUCUGAUUGAGGAUGGUUAUUUGUGAUUGUGUGGAUAGAUUCAUUUAGGGAAAGUAUGGCUGGAGAUGAUUCCUUUUGUGACCAAUGGGAUCAUGGUUGGUUCGGAAUAGGAAAUUUCUCCUGGAAUUUUCUUACACUGCAAAAUACGGAUGUGGCGAGAACACAUUGUUGGUCGGUGCUUGACCAAUGGAGGGGCGAUAGCACACUAGAUAGAGUACCAUGAACAUCAGGUAUCAAU